AUGCGCUUCUCGCUAAGCAGUUUAUUAUUACUCUCCACCGGCGUAAGAGCUCUCGAUGUCAGCUGGGAUGAUGACGAAUCUGUCAAGAAAGGCCUAGAGGCCGUUGCCAAGGGCAUGACUUCCUACUACACGGGCUACCGGCCCGGCGACGUGCCCGGUAACCUGCCAGACCCGUACUACUGGUGGGAGGCAGGCGCCAUGUUCGGGGCGCUGAUAGACUACUGGUACUACACGGGCGACGACCAGUUCAACCAGAUGACGACGCAAGCGCUGGUGCACCAGGAGGGCGAGGACUACGAUUACAUGCCGGCGAACCAGUCCAAAUCGCUGGGCAACGACGACCAAGGCUUCUGGGGGCUGUCGGCCAUCACGGCAGCCGAGAACAAGUACCCGGAUCCGCCGAGCGGACCAGGCUGGCUGGCGCUGGCGCAGGCCGUCUUCAACGAGCAGGCCAGCCGCUGGAACGAGGAGACGUGCAACGGCGGCCUCAAGUGGCAGAUCUUCACCUUCAACCAGGGCUUCGACUACAAGAACACCAUCUCGCAGGGCUGUCUGUUCAACAUCGCCGCCCGCCUGGCCCGCUACACGGGCAACUCGACCUACGCCGAUUGGGCCGAGAAGGCGUGGACCUGGACCUACAACGUCGGCCUCAUCUCAAACGACUACCACUUCUACGACGGCACGUCGGACGCGUCGGGCGCGAACUGCUCCAGGAAGGACCACACGCAGUGGACCUACAACGCAGGCAUCUUCCUGUACGGCUCUGCCGUGCUAUGGAACCUGACCGCCGAAGACUCAGGCAAAGAAGACAACAUCUGGCGCACCCGCACCGAAGGCAUCCUCUCCAGCAUCCGCGUCUUCCUCUCCCACGACGCCCCCAACGUCAUCACCGAAGUCGCGUGCGAGAAAUCCGGCACCUGCAACAUGGACCAGCGCUCCUUCAAGGCCUUCCUGGCCCGCUGGAUGGCCGCCACCACCAAAGUCGCCCCCUGGACCAUCGAGACCCUCGAGCCCAUCCUCAAGGCCUCCCGCGAAGCCGCCGCCAAGGCCUGCACCGAGGCCGACGGCAAGACCGUCUGCGGCCUGCAGUGGACGACGGGCUCUUUCGACGGCACUACGGGUGUUGGCGAGAACAUGGCUGCCCUCGAGGUCAUGGGGACGGCGCUCGUCAAGAAUGUCGAGGGCCCGCUUACCGAGAAGACGGGCGGCACGAGUAAGGGUAACCCCGAUGCGGGCGCGGGUGCGGCCGGGUCGAAUACGCCGAAGCGGAGGGAGCCGAUUACUGCGGGUGAUAAGGCUGGUGCGGCGAUCUUGACGGUGUUGUGCUUGGGUGGGACGCUGGGGGGUGGGUUUUGGUUGAUUAAGCCGUAG